UCCUCUCCACGCGUCUCCGGCGCCCCUCCCUUGCGCGCCGCUGCUACCGGCUCUGCCCGCGUCUCUCUUCGGCGGCUGCUGCGGCUGGCCAAGCGCCCUUCUCACCCCCUCGCCGGGCACCCCGAGCGCGUCGCCUCCGGCAGCGGCUGCAGCAGCGCCUUCCCUCGGGCACCUCCGCGCCUCCGCCCAAGCCGCUUGGAGAUGGCCGGGAAGCUCAGCCGCCCCCGGCUUCUGUGCCUCCUCCUCGCCCUCGCCGCCCUGAGCGAGAGAGGAAAGGCUGAUGACUUCAAUUUAGAAGAUGCGCUCGAUGACCAGCCAACAAAGCGACCUACUCACAAGCCACCCAAAAAGCCUCCUUCUAGUGUAACAGAUGAUUUCAGCUUGUCCGACUAUUUUGAUGACCCACUGGAGACGACGACAAAGCCAGCAAAGGCAACCACUGGUCCGUAUCCGAAGAAACCAGACAAUAUCCGCUGGAAUGUACAGUACACCACCACCACCAAACAGCCCAAAACAACCAAGGUACCACCCAAAAAACACCCAGCCAAAGAUUCCAAGGAUUUUGACUUAAGUGAUGCCUUGGAUGACCAAAAUGAUGGGCAAGGUGGUGGAACACCAAUUGUCAAUCCUGGCAAAGGCUCCAAAGGUAGAGAUGGAAGAGGUGGAAAACCUGGCCUCUCAGAUGAUGACCUGGCUGGAAUUCUGGAUGAGGGAGGCUACCAACCGGACAAGAAGAAAGGAGGCAGUGGCGGUGGCGGCAGUGACAGCAAUUAUAAUGACGGUGCCCUUGUAGAGACGGGGACGAUUGCUGGCAUAGUCAGCGGCCUUGCUAUGGCUCUGAUUGGUGCUGUGAGCAGCUACAUCUCAUACCAGCAAAAGAAGUUCUGUUUCAGCAUACAACAGGGCCUGAAUGCAGAGUAUGUGAAAGGAGAAAACAUGGAAGCAGUGGUGACUGAAGAGCCACAAGUUAAAUAUUCUGUCCUAGAGCCGCAGUCUGCAGAACCACCUCCGCCGCAAGAAAACGCAAAGGUCUAAAUGUGUCAGGCUCAGGUUGGAAAAUAAUCGGACAACGGCAAGCAAACACAAACACACACACUUCUCACAUGCUUGUAAUUUAGCUUUUUACAAAUGUUUAAUUUCGAUCCAAAGCUAUUUAAUGUGUUUUCUGACUAGAACAGGCUUCUUAUUGUGGUAGACUGUAGGCAGGUUGAAAUGUUUGUUUCUUUUUUCACAGUUUCGGUUUUUCGUGAAGAGUUGUACGUUUACAUUGACUUGGUCAUGUAGGAGUUUUGUCAGGUUGAAUACAAACCACAAGGGUGCUUCAAAGUGAUGU